UAAAGUCUAGGUACAAACUAUAACUUCUCCGUUGUACUGUAAUCUGUGUUACUAAUACUAAUCUGUUCAACUUACUAUUGUACAGGAAAACCCCACUCCUUUGGAAUUGGAGUUAUCUAAAUAACUUAAAAUAUCCAGUCCGAGUUUCUUUGGUUUUAUGUGCUACCCACUAAUCAGCAGUAUAUGAUGAGUUGAACUUGAAGAUAACAUGGUUAUUAUAUGUAAAAGCACACCUAAUGACUUUUUUCGCUGAGGAAUGUGCCUAAUAUUUACUAACCCUAGCUAUGAGUGAAAUCAUUCUUCAUACACAGUUAUUUCAUUCACUAAAAAAAAAUUGCAUUUCGUUAAUAUAUAUUUAUAUAUAGUAAUAGUACAACAUUUAAAAUGAGUUACCCAAGUAAAACAGAAGUUGGUGACAUCAAGACAAAAGCUGACAGCAUAUGUGUAAAGACUUAUACUUUUGGGCCAUGGACAUUAAUUACACAGAAAAAUCAUAUUCUUCCAUCCAAAUGCUCAACUCCUCAAGUUUGUCAUCAAGAGAAAGAUACCACAGAUUCUUAUCACUUGUGUUCAUUUUGCAGAUUUCAACAAGAAUUGACCUUACCUCAACUUCCAGAAAUGACUUUUGCUGAUAAUUUACUACAGAUAAAACAUGAAAGAGGAUUUGGCAUAGAAUUUAACUGUCUUGAUGCUCUACGUCUUGUAGACACAAAAAAUGACAUAAUGAAAGUGGCUGUUGCUGAGGUUUGGCAAAAUACAAGGGCAGAAUGUAAGUAUGUUAAAGAAGUAAUAAAGCCAUUUGAUUGGACUUUCACAACGGCCUACAAAGGGACAUUGAUGUCAACAGAUAACUCUUUGCAAGUGAGUGAAACAUCUGAAAGGAUAGACAUUGAAAAGCUGAAAGUAAGAGAGAAAAUAUUGUUCUUUGAAGAUAUUCACCUGUUUGAAGAUGAAUUAGCAGAUAAUGGAUGUGCACAGUGUUCAGUGAAAAUAAGAGUUAUGCAGGGAAGCUUCUUUCUAUUAUUACGUUUCUUCUUGCGAGUUGAUAAUAUCCUGGUAAGAAUUAAUGACACAAGAGUAUAUCAUGAGGAAUCUAAGAAUUAUUUAUUAAGAGAAUAUGUAAGCCGUGAGAGCCAAAUAUCAGACUUAAAGAUUCCAUCAUCUCUUCUAACGGAUCCAGGAGAAUUAUGGACACAUCUACCAAUCAUAAGCUCUUGUUAUGAAAAGCUUGAAUUUCCAACCUGUUAAACAAGAAGUGUCAUUACAUUUGGCCAUUUUUUAUUUGUGUGGAGAUCUACUUCAAACUAACUUUCAAAAUAUGUAAUUCUUUGGUAAUUGAACUUCAUUAUAUCCAAGACUGGUUAAUAGUUAUGAAAAGAAUAAAUAUGAAAUAUAUUCAGACAUUAUUAUUAGUUAAUGGCAUUUUCAGGUAUUAAUACUGUCAAGCAUUAAUACCCUUGCACUUCAAGAGAAGCUGUAUAGCACUGUUUGUAAAAAUUUAGUGUAAGAUUUCACAACUCGGCUCUUAAAUGGGUAACAACCAGUUUGGUUGAGAGACGAGGCAGUCGCAUCCAGUCUUUGGCAAUGUCAUAACAUUGAGAUGGUUGGUUAUUAUUAUUAUAACUUCAAAUAAUUUUUUGUUAUAUUUUUCUAUUCAUGAUCAACUAAAAAUUUCAUUGUACCUACAUUUACAUAUACAAAUUAAAUUAUAAAGCUCUGUGAAAUAUUGACAGUAUGAAUAAAGUUUUAUUCUUAUUUGUAGUUUUUCUAUCUCAACCUUAUUGUAUUGUAUGUGAUGCUGUUUAAACCUUAUUGUAAAAUUAUCCUUGAAAUUCAUUUUAGAUUGCCAUUUUAACAUUCUUUAAUAGGGGAGUAUUGAAUUUAGAAAUAACUGUAUGUUGAUUUUGAGGAAUUUAAUAAAAUAAACCAGCACUUA